UGAGUCGUGUUCCUGCCUCUUCACCUCAUCAAUACCCUUUGUUAGACCUCUCUCUCGACCAUUGCAUCCCUUUCCUAACAGCUGCACCAUACUCCCUGCCACAUUCAGCGAAAUCGGCCACAAAGUGUGUAGCAAGAACAUGACUCGACCGGGCUCUCGCUUACGGCCCCACGCCACCGUGCUCGUCACUGGCGCCUCGGGCUUCAUUGGCUCAGCCGUGACCGAGGAGCUGUUCCGGAAGGGCUUUGGGGUCGUCGCGACUGGACGCGAGCUGGUCAAGUUUGAGGAGCUGCGCGAGAAGUUUGGGCCCUCGCAGAGGUACACCGUCGUCGAAGUCCGGGACAUGGAAGCUGACGAUGCCUUUCGAGAGGCCAUUCAAGGCUGCUCGGCUGUGAUCCACUGCGCGCAUGACCUCUCGUGGAGCCGGGGCGUGGAAGAGACUGUCGAAGGAAGCAAGCGCGCGCUCUACAACCUGCUCGAAGAGGCGAGGAGGGCAGGCACAGUACGCGCCUUUGCGUAUACAUCGUCGAGGCAUGCCUGGUUCAAAGCGCAUGGCGACAUGAAGGCGGAGCAGUAUGUGGGCCCCGACGAGAUGAUUCAUGAUGCCUAUGAGCGCGCUCUGGCGAUGCCACAGGGUGAUCACGACACGUACUACAUGACCUACUCGGCAGCGAAGGUCGAGUGCGAGAAGCUGGCUCUUCAGUACGCCAAGGACCACAAGCCGGGCUUUGUGGUCAACACACUGGCGCCCGACUUCACCAUCGGCGCACCGUCAAACCCUCGCAGCCUGCGCUACUCUUCGCACAGCGUCCUGCGCGGCUUUGUCGAGUGCGAUGGCGAUCCCAGCUUCCUGCACGCCUUUACCAGCCCCGCGACAUUUUGGGUCGCCAUUGCCGACAUUGCCGCCGUGCUCGUCGCCCUCGUGACGGACCCAGAGGUGUCGGGCGUGCGCAUCCUGGGCGCCACGGGCCUGUUCUGCGGCGAAGACUUUCUGGACAUUGCGAGGAGGUUCGAUGGGAGGGAUGUCCAUGAUAAGUCUCGCUCCACGCUGCAGAGGAACGAGGGCCUGCGGGCGCCAGAGGCCAUCGAGGCCUUCAAAGCGCUCGUGCGAAAGCACUGCCAGAGAGAGCCAAUCGACCUCAAGACAUGUGUGCUCGAAAACAUCAGACAUCAACACAGUCUCGUCUACCCGUGACCCUUUUCUCCUUAUUCUUCUUCUGUAUAGUAGUAGUAGUAGAAUCGCAAUGGGCUUUCUG